CAGGAUGAGAAUUGUUGGCACGUUUUUGUCGUUGACACUUCCUCCUGAGACAUCACCGUAAAUCUGCUCAUUGGGCACAAACACUCCUUGGACCGACAGUCGCUCGGGUUACAGUCGCACGGCGUGUAAAACUCAGGUCUGAAUCUACAGCACCUUCUCUCAGCCCGGACCGUCCGCAGCUCUGCGCUGACUCUGCAGAAGGAAACCAUCGGGGGAGUGUAUGAAGGCGUUUUUUAAGCGUUUUUCUCAAGGUAUGACAAGCAGUUACAAGACGGCUUCUGGUUGUCAGCGAUCCCUUCUGUUUCCUUCACUUCUUCGGUUUACGGUUUUGGGAAAAGAAGAGGGGACAAACUGUCGUGGUCGUGCGUUCCUCUCCGUGAGACCGACGCGUUUCCAAACGUCUUGACGCGCGUUUUUCUCAGAGAAGGACCCGGACACUGGUUCUCAGGAUAAAAAGAGUGACUGUUGUAUAGUAAAAACUGACAUUAACGGCUAAGAUACGUUUGUGAAAGAAACACCGACGUUGAAUCACCUCACACUGCGCGCAGGAUUGAAGAGGAGAAAGUUCCCCACUUGAGGGCGAAAUCCGACUUUUUUGAGGACGCCAAGUUUGAAAAGUGCCAGGAGCCCCGGGGUCUUUCAGAUACAACAUGCAGCAAUGUCCAAGGAGGCAGACUUGGAUGUGAGAGGCAGUGAGUGCGACACGGUCCCACAAGAGCCCAGCACAGACCCGGAGCCGCCCAGGCCGCCUCCAGUUAAGGCUAACGGACCAGAAGGCACCUCUGGCGUUUGCACGAGCAUCCCCUCCAGUAGCAACAGUAGCACCACCAGCAGCGGCGGCAGCAAAAGUGGUCUGGGUGGCAUUAGCAUCGUUAGCAGCAGCGCUGAGGGAGCAGGCGAAAGCUCCAUGCAGUUCAGCACCAGACCGCCUAGUGCUGAGCAGCCGGGCUUCAUGGGGACAUGGCAGCAGCAGGGCACUGACAGCAACCUCCUCUACAGAAUGUCCCAGCAGGCCAUUCGCUGCACACUAGUGAACUGCACAUGUGAGUGUUUCCAGCCCGGAAAGAUUCACCUACGCACAUGUGACCAGUGCAAACAUGGCUGGGUAGCUCACGCUUUAGACAAGCUCAGCACCCAGCACCUGUACCACCCCACCCAGGUGGAGAUCGUUCAGUGCAACGUGGUGUUCGACAUCAGCAGCCUGAUGCUGUACGGCACCCAGGCCGUACCCGUCAGGCUGAAGAUCCUGCUGGACCGCCUGUUCUCCGUGCUGAAGCAGGAAGAGGUGCUGCACAUCCUGCACGGCCUGGGCUGGACCCUCCGAGACUACGUCAGGGGCUACAUCCUGCAGGAUGCUGCAGGCAAGGUGCUGGACCGCUGGUCCAUCAUGUCCCGAGAAGAGGAGAUCAUCACCCUGCAGCAGUUUCUGCGCUUUGGUGAGACCAAAUCCAUAGUGGAGCUGAUGGCCAUUCAGGAGAAGGAAGGUCAGGCAGUUACAGUUCCCUCCUCCAAGACAGACUCUGGUAUUAGGACGUUCAUUGAAAGCAACAACAGAUCCCGCAGUCCAGGGAUCGUUACACAACUGGAUAGCAGUAGCCCAACAAGCAUUCACCAUUUUGAGAAUAUCCCCAACAGCUUAGCCUUCCUCCUGCCCUUCCAAUAUAUCAACCCAGUCUCUGCACCCAUGCUCGGCCUGCCCCCUAAUGGACACCCUAUGGAGCAGUCGGCUCUCCGGCUCCGGGAGCCCAGCUUGCCAAACCAAGUUGAACAGGUGGAGACCAGUGACUCAGAAGUGUCCCUUUCACCCUUCCGCUCAGGCCAGAGCCCUAGCCGUGGAGCCCUUGGAGGCAUUAACAACAUUGAACCCAAGACAGAGCCCAGUAACAGGGCAUCACCCAUCUCCCCGACCCCUUCCACGCAUCACGCUCAACAACAGCAGUCACAGCACCAACAGCAGCAGCAUGGCCAACAGCAGUCCCAAAAUCAACCUCAGCAAAACAACAGUUUGAAUGACCACCAGGUCCACCACCGCUUUAUAAAGGAUGAGCAGUCAAGAUCCAUCACCCAUGGCUCCUUUUCUUCCAAGAUGCAUCGCAUGCGGCGCAUGGGAUCAACUUCACGCAAGGGACGUGUCUGUUGCAAUUCUUGUGGUAAGACCUUUUAUGACAAAGGCACCCUUAAGAUACAUUAUAAUGCUGUGCACCUGAAGAUCAAACACCGUUGCACCAUUGAAGGUUGCAAUAUGGUCUUCAGCUCCUUACGCAGCCGCAACAGACACAGUGCCAAUCCCAAUCCACGGCUGCACAUGCCAAUGCUGCGCAACAACCGUGACAAGGACCUCAUCCGCUCAACCUCUGGUACACCUGUCAUCUCAAGCACCAAGAAUGGUGGCUUCUCACUUACCAGCCCUGGAAGGCCACCACUGGGUUUCACUACUCCACCUGUAGACACUAUGCUUCAGUCACCCCUGCACAGCCCACUGGUCUUCCCUUCCCUGAAGUCAAUUCAUCCUGUCCAGCCAGUGCCCCCAUUCUAUCGCACACUACUUUCCCCUGCGGACCUUGUCAGUCCUCAAGUGUCACUGCCGACCAGCCCGAUCCUACCUACAACCACCAACAGUACCACUCUGAUGGACCAACAACAGCAUCUCCUGGCUGUUGCUGCAGCAGCGGCUUCACACAAUAAUGUUCAUAUGUCAGAUGCAGGAUCCCUGUCCCAUCGUUUUAAUAUACACCAUGCCAAUCAUGACCUCACCACUAGUAGCAGUGACCCAACUCCCAAAAAGAAGCCUCGUAAAUCGAGCAUGCCUGUAAAGAUUGAGAAAGAAGUGAUUGAUGUGGCGGAUGACUAUGAUGAUAAAGAUGAUGACGACGACGAUGACAUCCACCAUAAUCACCACCAUCAUUCAUCCCUUCUUCACAACAAUGUCAAAAUGAAUGGUAACUGUAAUAGCAACAAUAACAGUGGUAGUGGCACUGGGAACCACAGUGGUGGUAGUGGGCAACAAUCUCCUUCCCAAGAUGAGAUGAGCCCCGGCCUGAGAGGCAUGAUGAAACAGAGUGAAGAUGAAUGCCGGGAAGGUACAGGUAGUGACAGCAGAGGUGGAAAUGAUCUUCAGGGCGAGCUACGUUGUAUGGGCAGCUUCACCUCUGAGGACCAAGACCAUGAAAGAGACUUUGAGAACGAAUCUGAAACCUCUGAUUCUAAAAUGUUCUAUCGUGAUGAUCCGAUAGAUGUGGAGGACCAGCAAAAACAAAGCAGGGGUGGACGGUGUCUGGAGAAGGAUCACGAUGAUGAGGGCAGUGAGGAAGCCCAAUUGAGAAAGGAAAUGGAAAGCAAGGGUCAUUCCUCACCCUCACCUCCUCAGCCCCCUAUGAGGAUCAAGGAAGAACUCAACGAUCCUACAUACGACAUGUUCUGCAUGGGCCAGUACGGCCUCUAUAACGGAGGCAUGGCAGCGGCUGCUGCUGCUGCAAGCAUGGCCGCUCUGCAUGAGAGCUUCAUCUCUUCGAUGGGCUACGGUGCCAGCCCACCCAAAUUCCCUUCUUCUCAAUCACCAGAGGAAGACCCAUGCUCAAGUCCUGACCCCAAGAUCUGCUAUGUGUGUAAGAAGACCUUCAAGAGUUCCUACAGCAUGAAACUGCACUACAAGAAUGUGCACCUCAAAGAGAUGCAUGUGUGCACUGUCACUGGCUGCAACGCUGCUUUCCCUUCACGGAGGAGCCGAGACAGGCACAGCUCCAACAUCAACCUGCACCGCAAACUGCUGACCAAAGAGCUGGACGACAUUGUCCUGGACCCCCAACACCCGCCACUGCCCAAGGACCUGCGCGCCGAGUUUCUGGCUAAGAUCUACGCCGGGCAUCACAUGGGCAUGGACCCGUAUACCGGGAUGGGCAUCGGAGGCGGCAGCCUUCGGCCCACUGGCCUGAACCACAAUGCCCGUUCCCUGAUGAGCAGCGAGUAUCCCCACCACACUCUCAACCAUAACCUGAAAAAUCACCACAGCAACGGCUUCUCCCGGGGCCAGCCAGACGACUACAUGGUGUUGGACCUGAGCACCACAUCCAGCGUUCAGUCCAGCAGCAGUGUCCACUCCUCACAUGAGUCAGACGAGGGCAGCGAUGAAGGCAUCCUAUUGGAUGACCUGGAGGAGGAGGAGGAGGAGGAGGGGGUAGAGGAGGAGGGGGUAGAGGAUGAGGAGGAGGGCAACAGUGAGGGGGAGGACUGCUCCCAGCAUGCUGAGGGGCGGGCUGAAGGAAGGCAUCUGGACGAGACUGGAGAACUAAGAGGAGAAGGACUAGGUGAGGGGUUGGAACCGACCUCCUCACCAUUCCUCUUUUCGUCCAGCGGGGGCACUCACGGGGGCAGUCACGGUGGCAGCGGAGGGAUCCUCUGCAACAUCUGCCAUAAAAUGUACAGCAACAAAGGAACCCUGCGUGUGCACUACAAGACUGUGCACCUGCGCGAGAUGCAUAAGUGCAAAAUCCCCGGUUGCAACAUGGUGUUCAGCUCUGUGCGCAGCCGUAACCGACACUCUCAGAACCCCAACCUCCAUAAAAACAUGCCCUUCUCCACGAUAACAGACUAAAUAAUGACUUUUACUUGACCCCGCUGUCAGUCGGCCCGCUCCUCCCUUCAUUCCUCAUCCUUAUUCCUCCUCAAAUUAGCUCUUAAUCCCAGCCCAGGGCCAUCAAAUACAGGAUAAAUGCCUGUACGCCUCCUGCCCGUCAUUCAGUCAUUGAAAGACAUUUCUAUGUCCCUCUAUAAAAAUGCAUCGACUCUAAAUACAGUUUAUUAUCGUGACCUUUGACUUUUCCUUCUUUGGAAGAACAGGAUGACGCUCUCGCGCAUUGGAGUUUGCUUUAUAACAAAACUCCACUUGUGUUUUUAUUCAUAAGCCCCUCCAUCUUUCAUUUGAGACUCCUCCCAACUUUUUUGUCCGUCUCCAAAGAAUCUAUUCAAACUCUUAUUUGUGACUUUGCCUGCAGAAAUGAUAGUAUUGAAAAAAAAGAAAAUCUUCUUGUUGUAUUUGUGUAAUGAUAGCUUUUAAAUGAACCCCCUUACAAAAAGCAUGACAGCUUCAUUUGUAAAUAAUGUCCCAAGAGGCUUUUGGUGUAAAGAGUUGUGUUGAUGGUUGUUUUCUUCUUUUCUCUCUCGUUAUGGUUUUAUGUUACAGUCCAGUACAAUACUUCCAGCUUUAGGCAAGAAAGAGGUAGCAUCUUACUAGCUUGACUCAUUUAUGUUAGCUUCCACGACACGUUUUAACUGAGUCCUAGGAAAAAAAGAAUAUCAUGUGACUUGUUUUAUCUACUUGUUAGAUAUUCAGAGGUUGCCGGCAUGCUUUUUUUGGCUCCUACACUGAUAUCCUUCUCUGUGUUUCUAUCGUUUCAUUUUAUUUUUUUAUUUUGUCUGUUUUGUUUAUGAGCUUUAGUAUACCAAUUCAGUUUUUGCACUUUGCAUCUAUACAAGGGGAUGUGUAAUAUUAUUAUAAUGAGGACUUUUGCAAUGGUGAGUUUAGGUGUUGUUCUGGGUCAUUGAUGGCUACAGUGCCGAGGUAAAUAAUACCUUUAACGUAAUAUGCCAGUUUCUUUUUGCACGUGCUCAAACACAGUUUCACAACAGAAAACAACUUGCCUCCUUGAACAAAAUCUUCCCCCAUUGCUAAAAAAAACUAAUUCAGAGCGUCUCCGAAGUACCUUGCCUCAAAACAAAUCCAAGCGUGAAUGACUAUAAACUGCUGAUCCACAAACACAAAGUUAAAUAUUAAUAAAGUCUCUCCUCUCUGUUCAAUGUGUGUAUGGUUGCCAUGGUCACAAUAAUGACUUCAGAGGUGUAACUGUGUAUAAAGCAUGACAUUAUUGUGACAUUCUCCAACAAAGUUAUCAAUGCAAGAACUUACGUUUGUUUUUACAAAAGGCAUCUUAGUGAAAUAUGACUGUCCCAUAGAUUUGAUGAAAAUAGUCAUUCAACUGUGACCAAACAAAAGUGAUUGCUUAAGAAGAGCUCUUUCAGUGUGAGAGUGUGUACUUAAAUCAUGCCCCAUUGGAUUAAUAUGAUGCACUUGAGUCUUAAAAUCUUUUGCUGUGAUAUUUUCGGUAUCGGUUUCCAUUGCUGAGUGUCGGCUACAAAUGUACUCUAUGAAAAAUGUUGCCAUUUUUAACAUGUCCAUGACUGUCUUACGGUACAAAUUGUUUCCAGUAACUGGGCGAAGUAGCCAAGGGAAGGGGUAUUUAUUGGUUGGUCAUGUACCUUCAUGGAGAUUUCUUUUUGUUGGUUUAAAGAAUAUUUUUUGUAAAAAGACAAAAAAAUAGAGAUUGUUCCUCAGUUUGUUUAUCAGUGUAUUAGCGAUGCCAUGUGUUACUAUACAAGAUCUUCUCUUACUUGACUGGUGCUACACACAGAGGGAGAAAUAUGCAGUGUUAUACGGUGGGCUGUACAGUAUUCACCUUACAUCCAUAACAGUGUUGAGUUCCACUUGUUUCAUACUUCUGCCAUUUUUACAAUAUAGACAUGACCUGACGAGAUAUUUCAUGCUUUUUUUAAGACUCCACCUAUAUGACACAUGCAGUUUCCAGUCCCCUCUUCUCAGAGAUAAAGACAGCGAGACAGAGAGCUGAGGCUGAUGGAAAGGUUGCGGAGGUGGAAGGCUGACUAGGAAGGAAAAGGAUGACAGCAACGAUCAUUAAAAAUGUGCUGCUUCUCCGUUACCUGGAGGCGUCCCUGCCAUUCCAGCUUCUUCUGUCUAAUAACUCACUUGUCACUUCGUUACACUGCCAGACUCCAAGGUUGCUGACAAGACUGUGACACUGACAGAAAGAGAAAAAGAAGAGAAAAGACUGUGUGCUCUGAACAAUUCAAUGUGACCCAUUCAAUUUAGUUGGAUUCAAUUAAUCUAUUCACUAUCUGUGUGCUUAUUCAGGGUCGCUGAUCAUUUAGUUCUAUUUCUCUCUUAUUCUUUUUUGUUCUCAUUGUCUGUCAGAGCGCAGUCAUUUAACAACCGCCUUACCCAUUUCUUCAACCCGCCACUCACUUACCACCUCCACACCCCACAGCGCAGGUCCUACAGGGACACACACUAAUAGUGUAUGCUUAAGUUCACCGGACGGCCAUGGCAUAGGAAAAAGGGAUGGGUAAUUGCCUGUUUAUCCCAAGUGAAGGGAAAAUUGAGUACAGGAACCCCUGCCUUUUCCCAGGAGUGGGUUUCACUGAGGCGCUUGCUGCCUCAUUCCCUCAUUCAAUCCCCCCGGCCUUCGCUCUGGCAGAAAUAAAAAAGUGCUAUUCGAGGAACCCUGCUGACAGCUGUCUCUAACACACAACCAUACUAAAACACAUGCACACAGAGGAGAGUGGCGCACACACACAUAUGCUUUCUACUUACAGGCCAGAAAGAUGACAAGAACUAGAUGACUUGUUAACCUCUAGUGAUGGAGGAGACAGGGUCAGAGAAAUAUAGAGUGUGUUCUCACCACAGGAAAUUCAACUCUCCAUCUAGCAUUAACAUUAUAGCUGCUGCCACUACAUAGAAGGCUAAUACUCCAUUACGGAGAAUGAUGGGGGCUAGCAGUCAGGCAUGGAAUAUCCAAAGCUCCUAUUAUUAUUUCAUGUUACAUUUCCAACAGCUAAUAAUUGAGACAUUUUACCAAAACUGUUUGAUUGAGAAAAAUAGAUCCAGAACGCCAGCAAGCUCACAGAUUGAUUUUAACUUUGCAGAAUUAUUUGAGCUGUGCAUACCCAACAAAGGUACACUUAAGAUAAAUGUGCUCGGCCCAAAUAACCUCAGUUUCUUGAUCUGACAAAAACAUAUUUUCCACUACACUUCUGCCCUGUUCCUCGCAGUCUAUUUCUCAAGCAGCAUCCGCAGUGCACGACCUCUGUCUACAUGUAUGUACUUGUGUGUGCCAGGCAAGACAGGCAAGAUAUUCCCUCAACAACGCCCUUCUCCCACCUCCUACGGGCUCCUUCUGAGUCCUGCAUGGUGAUGGUGAUGCCAAGCUGCAAAGCUCCGAGCGGCAAAAGGCUGGCAACAGAUCUGAAAAACAAACCACUGUCCGGCAUCGCCAGGGAAACAGUCAGGAGAGAUGGCGUAAAGGGAGUGGGCUUAGAAAGUGGUCUAGCAGUAGCCUUGCGGCAGUCACUUAACAAGGCAGGGGAGAAAGAGAGGGGCGAGCAGCGGGGCCAGGACUCCCCGGGAGUCUUAGCCAGCUUUUUCUAGAUUGCCUGCUGGAGAGCGAUCGCCACCCCUCACAUCUCCACCCCUCUCCCCCUACACUUUCCUCUCCUCUGAGAAAUGACCACCAAUUUCCCCCUCUCCUCUGAGAAAGGCCCCCCUAUCCAAUCUUUGUCUCCCUCUUUUACUUCCCCAACCACAUGGGCCCAGGUGCUACCUAGUGACCGGGCUGUGGAUCCGCAGGAACACGUCACUUAGAGCGCCUCGUUGGCUGCGACCACUGGAGUGAAUCUUUAAUAUUUGAUUAGAGGAGCGUCAGGCAUCAAUUAUUCUGUUAUUCUACAUAGCACACGGGGAGAAGGGCAUGGCAAACGGCUGACCUGUAAAUCACUGUCCGUUCUGUUCACUUCACAUCGUGGAGGAGAGGGGACGCCACAUGUCAUGUUAAUGUAGCUCAUGGAACAAAGUGGGAUUCAAAUGUUUAAAAGGACACCAUAAGAAAUAUGCAGAUAGUAGAAAAAUACACACAUAUUUGUAUAGAUGCUUCAGUGUCAUGUGUUAUGUUCUCGAAAAAGACCCUCGUUAAUUUGAACUGGAACCUGUGAAAUUAAUUCAUUUCAUGUUUUCCAUUGUGCCAAUUAUAUUUUACAGUCUUAAAUAUAAAUAAGCUUGAAGAGCUGGUGGAUUUCGAUUUUUUUAUUUCACUUUUUUCUGUAUCAAAUGCAUUUGUUUCUUUAAAAAGCCUGUGUUCUGGCACGGGCACUCGACAGCGUUGCAUGGCUACAUCGUCGCACUGCAAACAACGAACAGAGCAGAGGAGCUUACGUUACUUUGGUGUCAAAAGGGUGAUUUGGAAGCCUCAUGAAUACUGUAUGUUACCUAAACAGGUGUUUCCCAUUUGCAGUGAGGAGGAGAAAAAUGGUCCUCUUUUUAAAAAGACUUGUUUCUUUCUUUUCUUUCCUUUUUUGCCUUUCUUGUAUUUGUUUCUGUAUCAUAACUGUCUAUGGUUUUUGCAUAAAAUGCAUAAGGGUUUUGGGAUGUAAAUGGAAUUGUAUUCAUAUUUUGUCCAAAUACCUCUUGUAAUUUGUAUCAGAAUUCUUGUACAAUUUUUAUAUUAAAGAUUUAUCAGUCACUG